UUAGUUUACGUCAAACAUGUGCGUCGUUGGCGCAGACUCAUGAUGCUGGUAAUCAGCACAGCUUCAUCUGUUUGUAAAAAUCUAAUUUUUCAUUGUAAAGUCAAGCCUUUUCAGUCGCUUUCACGGAAGGAGGGGUCCACUUAAACCUAACAAUGUGAAGCCAUUCUCCGUCACCUAAGCACCCCUGCAGUGAUGCCUCCAGCCAUGUCUCAAAUAAGCGAUCCAAAGAUUGCUUUUGCCUACUUGCGCCCAGCCUGUGUCCUGCUCACCCGAGAGCCCACAGUGGUUAAUGUGGAGACACUCAAAGGCCAGUUAAAAGAAGUCAACGAUGCCACGUUGCAGCAGCUUCAGGAGUACGUCCUCUUCCCUCUUCGAUUUGUCCUUAAAGUCCCCGGGGCUAAGAAGGAGCAGCUGGUGCAGUCUGUGACCGAGGCAGUAAGCUAUGUUUUGGAGAACACUUGCAUCCACAGCUGGGAAACCCUCCACGACCUCUUUUCCGAGCUUUGCCUGUGCCUGUCCUCUUCAGCUGAUCCUGGGAAGCCUGCAGAUACGUCAGAGGAGCUAAAAUCAGCUGUUCUGAGGUGCCUGGAUGCCCUGCUUCAUGCUGCUUAUGGUGAUAUAGUGUUCAAACUCUUUGAACCGAUUAUGCUGCCUGGGCUGGGUGCUGCCGUUUCACUGCUGCUAGCUUUGGGAGAGAAGGAGAAAUCUCGAGAUAUACAGACAGCAGCCUUGAAGUGCCUCCAGGCUUUGACUCUGCAGUGUGACUGCACCCAGGAACACGUAGUCCCAUCAUCAGAGGAGCGAUGCUCUGUAGGCAGCGCCAUGGCAUCAUUUUUACCUGGAAUCACCAUGGCUACGGCCAGGAUCAUUACAGGAGAUUUGAGGCAAGGCCAUGCAGUCACAGUCCGGGCCAUCAAGGUUUGGUCCAGGACUGUGGAGCUUGUCAUGGAGGAUGUCCAGCUUCAGUCCACUGAGUCCUAUAAGACUCCCUCUGCAGACCUGGGGAGGAUCGGACAGCUCAUGGUCCUUCGGACACCGGAGUGGGUGAAGAACACGGCUGGGAAGCUGUCUGUGCUGCUCAAGAAGAUAAUCUCGUGCACUUCAGCGCACCAGCACUGGAGGGUUAGACUGGCAAUGGCGGAGUUGGCCGAUCACCUGCUGGCCAAAUGCAGUCAGUCACUGACUGAGUGUGUAGGAUCACUACUAGAAGCACUGGUGGGGGCAAUCAAUGAUGUGGAACCUAGAGUCAGAGAGAGGUGUGAAGUUGCUCUCAGAGAGGUAUCCCAGAGGAAUCAGAGGUGCAGCGGCAGCAGUGGCACGCAGACCUUCACUGACAUCUUGUCUGAGAAUCUCCACUCUUUGGCCACCUCCCUACCCAGACUGAUGAGGACCUCUGAUGACCAGAAGAAGCUCUUUGUUCUCAACGUGUUUUUGGGCUACUUAAAAGUCUUAGGACCGCUUGUCUCUGUGGUGCUCAACUCAGCUGCACAUCUGGAGAGGAUUUGCAAAGCCUUAAUGCAGGUGCUGGAACUCGAUGUGAUGGACGUUCGCAUUGUGGAGGAGAGGAGUUACGCUGCUGCCGUGGAGACGAGCACCGGCUCCCAUGAUUCCUACACCGCUCACACACAGAGGAAGCAUUUUCUCUACUUCACAGAUGAGAAAAUCUUCUCUGUGCUCAUGGAGAUCUGUCGCACAUUAGGUUAUUAUGGCAACAUCUACCUGCUGACCGAUCAUCUGCUGGACUUGUACUGCCAGUCUUCAGUGUACAGAAAGCAGGCUGCCAUGGUGUUAAAUGAGACAGUCAGAGGUGCAGCAGGUAUCGCUGUGGCAGACCAGAGUCAGGGUUUGGAGACCAAAGUUCGUGAAAGUCCUGCCACCCAGGAAGAUAUUAAAGCAGCAGCUGUUUCUAUCAUUGAGGAAUACACCAGCCUGAACAACUGGCAUUUGAUUACAGUCAGCGAGGAGACGGAUAGAGACCGACAGGAUCAGCAGCUGCUCAGUCCAUCCAGACUCCUCUCCAUAUGCAACAGUGAUGCCGGCUCUCUCUACCUGCUUAAUGACGUAUCACUCAACCUUCAGAGACUCAGCCAGCAUCCACAGGCUCCACGGGUGUUGACAGUUAUGUUGACUCACUCUGACUGCAGUCUGCUGCCGCUGGUCGGGGACAUCGUUCAGGAUGUGCUGACGGCUCUGGAUCUCAGCUACGAGCGCACAGCUGCUCUUUUCUGCUCCGUGCUGCACGCGCUCAUGAAGGCACUGGCGAGGUGGUUUCCUUCCACUUGUAGCAGGACCAGUAAGUCUGCCAGCUCCAAUCAAAGCUCCAGUGACCAGGAAGACCUCAGCAUUCGCCAAUUCCUGCUGAAUUACCACAAACAGAAGGAACUGGCAGAGGGCAUUGGAAUAGAGGACGAUGACACCGAAGACAGAGAGGUCCCUCCCACUGAGUGUAAGGAUGUUGAAGAUGCUGGUAGUCCUGAUGUGAAAGCAGAGCUUCCCUCCCACCUCAGCAUCACUAAGGAUGUUAUGGAGCGCUGCAUUCAUCUGCUGUCUGAUCCCAGCCUCAGGCUCCGACUCAAGGUACUGGACGUGCUGGAGUUGUGCGUUCAGGUGCUGAGUGAGAGGGAAAACGAACUGCUGCCUAUGGCUCAUCGCUGCUGGCCAGCACUCCUGCAGAGACUCACAGCCGAUGACCCAUUAGCAGUCCUCAGAGCCUUCAGGGUGCUGUGCGUGCUGGGUGAAACAUGUGGGGACUUUCUGAGGAGGAGGGUUUCUAAAGAGGUUCUGCCCAAGCUGAGCGCCUCUCUGGCACGGCAGGCUCCGAUCAGCGCCAAGGCUGGGCCUGUCUACACACACACCCUGGCCUACAAACUGCAGCUGGCUGUAUUGCAGGGGCUGGGCUCACUGUGCCAGAGACUGGAUCUGGCUGAAGCAGACCUAGAUGCUGUUUGUGAAGCCUGUCUACCCUACCUGAGCUCCAGACAACCCAUCAGACUGCAAGAAGCCUGUUUAAGUGUGUUCCGACACUUAAUCCAGGUGGAUCCAGACACCUUCUGGUUUACACUCAAUGAGCUGCACUGCCCGUCCUCUUACAUCCCACACCACCCCGACCUCCUGCCGGUGCAGCUGAACGGCAUGGGCAGGCCGAGAGAUGAGUUCUCGGACAACGUAUUCAAACUGCUCAAGGAGGAGUUUGGCUCUGAGACAGUUAACCAGCCAGUCAGCUAAUGAGCUGCUGCUUGAUGCAAUGAUGAUGAUGCAGUGUACAUAAAGUUAAAAGAUUAAAGCUAAUAAAACAAAUUUCAUAUGUGUGCAU